GUGCGUACCCCACUCCGUACUUCUAGCGGGGGCUGCGCAGCCGCCUGGCGCUCCUUCGCCACACGCGCCUCCCACUCCGUCACCCCGCCCCCCACCCUCAGUCCCGUCUGAUCCGAUCGUGCUGUCGUCGUAGGGCUUGUUCGGUAGUCUCUGUCCCUUAGUUUAUACAAGCAGCCACUUCUUGAGGGGAAAAAAAGCCAGAAAGGAAGAAAGGAGACUCUUGAAACGUGAACUCCUGGCAAUUGUCUUUCUGGUUAGUCAACAAAAGGACUUUCCAAACCCAAAGAAUGCAGAAACCCCAGCCCACCUAUUCCCUCAAGCCUUCAAUUUCUACCCAGCAACACACACUCUGACCUCGCCUUAUUGGCCAGCUUGAAUCGUUAUCUGCAAUUCUGAUUGGUCUUCUAUGAUCUUGCAGUUUGGGGUUUUUUUUUUUUUCAAUUGACGAAGCAGCCAGGGGGAUUCCCCCCUCCCCCCUGGGUUGCUCCGCAGGGGAGGCUAGAGAGGCGGGGUCUUGUCUGUGGGAUUCCUUUUCCCGGGCCACUUCUGAUUGGGCUCGUGGUGCAAUGCGCGCGACCCUUCAGACACCAAGCUCUUGGGAGGCUGAACCCUGACUUCUCCGUGCUCCCCAUUUGUAAAGCGAAGUGCGGCGAAGAGACUUCGGGUUUGGCCUGUUGCAGGGAGGCGGGGAGCUGGGCGUAAGGGAACUUGCAGCUGGGCUGCGCUACGGCCUAUGGUUGGGGUGCAUGGACUGCGUUCACCUCGGUUCCCCAGCUCCCGGCCCAGAAGUCAACAAACGCUGUUGACCUGUCUCCUUCAGAUGGAACCAGUAAACUAUGAACGAGUGAAAGAAUACAGCCAGAAAGUCCUGGAGCGGCAGCCUGAUAAUGCCAAGGCCUUGUAUCGGGCUGGAGUGGCCUUUUUCCACCUGCAGGACUAUGACCAGGCCCGGCACUACCUCAUGGCUGCUGUCAGUAGGAAGCCAAAAGAUGCCAAUGUCCGGAGGUACCUUCAGCGGACACAGUUGGAACUCAGCAGCUACCAUCGGAAAGAGAAGCAGCUCUACCUGGGCAUGUUUGGUUAAAGGAAGAAUGAUGCCCCUCCCCUUGAACUUAGAUGAACCAUUAAAGACCCAUCAAAGGGAAACCUGAGCCUCAGCAAGAGAAGUUAACCCCAUACCUCUGACUGAGGUGAACUUCUGUUUUGUUUCUAGUGCUGGACAAACUUCUAUCACUUACGUAGUCUGUGUUUUUGUUUCUCCAUCUUUCUAUUUAUAUGGCUUUUAAUAUAUGGUAUUAUAUAUCAGAAACAUUUGCCUUGAGAAAUACAACCAGAAAACAUUCAUCAGCUAUGGGUGGAUUAAUCAGAGCUCUGGCAUAGAUUUUGAUGAUAGAUGUUGGUAGAUGUAGUCAUAUACAAAGGAGAAGGCUUAGCAGAAGAUGAAGUAAUAAGGACAGGCAGAAAGCAGUUUUUUUCCUUCAUUUCCUCAGAUUCCUAAAGCCAAAAUGGAAAGCCCUUACACAGUCACAAACUGGCAAAUAUAUACUGUGAAACUAGACAAUUAUAGAUUGGACCCACAUGCCUCAAAAUGAAAGAUUUAAAAGUAACUACUUGAUUAAAGUAACUCCUUUUUCUUAAUGUUCCACAUACAUCUGAGAUUCUUUAUCCUCCACAAAAGUAUCUAGUUCCUCUUGUUUCUCUGGAUAAUUUCUAGCUAUUGUAGCCUUGCUAUUGUUCACACUCAGAUCAUUAAUAUAGUAUACUUAUUUAUUUUUUUUUAUUAAACCCUUCUAUCUUAAAACCCCUGGUGUCAAGCAUCUAAGUAUAUAUUUUAUAACCAUUCAAAAGACCUCAUGCCAGAAAACUCAUUAACACUUUAAUUUUUAAUAGGUGCCUACCUAUAGCAUGCUCAUUUCUCUAAUAAAGGAAAGACAGUUUACCAAGUCUUCUAGAAACAAUACGAUAAAGAACAGGAUAGAAACAUAGAUCUGUUUUUUACCUGUCACCUUGUAUUUCGUAAGAACUCCAUUCCUUAAAGAGGAGGGAAACAGUGAGGAAAGGUUCUUGUUCCUUUGUGCCUUUUAAGCACCGACAGAACUUUCUGGAAGCUUGGUGCAGGCUGCAGGUGCAGGCUGCAGAUCUUGUCCAGAUGGCUCAGUAGGAGGCUUCCUCAACCGGGAGCUCCUUUCUCAUUUUGCACACUUAUUCUAAUGUCCACAGUGUAUGAGUUGUACAGAGCAGAUGAGAUCAUAAUAGCUCUGCCUCUAUAUUUAUGAAUGAAAGUAAUAAGUAUAUGUCAUUAGCCAUCAUAUAAACACAGUUUUCAGACAAAAACUUCUUGGUCUUGCCAAGUGUACACAAGCUCUUCUCUCUUAAUCAGUAAUGUGUCUCUCUCGAUGAGCUAGGCUCCUCUCUAUGUCUCCCUGUACUCUUAAAUAGUACAACCAUCAGCUUAUAACAAAAAGUCUUUAUACCAAAUAGUCUUUUAAGUCCAAGGACACAACUAACAAAAGAGGAAUAUUUUAUUCCUCUUCCAAGCUUCUUAAAUUUCCAAGCCUAGACUGUUGCCAAAUUAUGUCAUGGUUGUGUGUUAUCUUUGGGGCUGGUUUUGCUUUCUGAUUUUCUUUUUUUUUUCCCCCUGAGACUUGAUGUUACAGUAAGCUAUGUUCUGUAUCAAUGAGGAAAAAAUAAAGCUGAUAUUUAAUAAUGUA